GUGGGACUCAAAUGUGGUUUGCCCCUGGAUUAAUAGUCAAAAUUUCAAAAUUAUACUGCCAUAUAGAUAGUGAAACAAUGAAAUGAGUUACUUUACACAAUAACACCACCGCCACAUGUUUAACCAAGAAUUUGCUUCCUUGCAAAGACUCUCUAUACUACAAUUAACAUCUGCUUCAAAAAAUUCAGUCUUCCUUGUAGACUGAAUCAUGGUUUUCAGCUACUUUCUCUGUAGCCAAACCAACUCUUAAGGUUCAACAUAGCAAGGUUGAACUCUAAUAUGUUUCAUUCACCACUUUGAUUUUUCUUGGUUUGGAAUAAAUGUCACCUUAUCCAAACAUUACAACAACAAUCAACAAUUUUCCAACAUGAAGGUAUCAUCAUGUUACACACCACAUGUUAACAUAUUUCAAGAAACAAGAUUUGGUUCAGAAGAAGCUCGUGUGUUUCUUCAAAAUUGCAACAGUUUCAACCAACUCAAACAAAUCCAUUCUAGAAUUAUCCGUUUUGGUCUCACACAUGACCAAUUACUUAUCAGAAAAUUAUGUCAAAUUUCUUCUUCAUAUGGUAAAAUCAACUAUGCUACUUUGGUAUUUGAUCAACUCAAUGACCCUGAUACUUUCACUUGGAAUGUUAUGAUUAGAACUUAUAAUACAACUGGUUCACCGAAAAAAGCUCUUUUUUUGUUUAAUGAGAUGUUAUGCAAUGGCUUUUUACCUGAUAAAUUUACAUACCCUUUUGUUCUGAAUGCUUGUAUUGCUUCUGAUUUUAUUGAUUUUGGAAGAGUGACACAUGGUCUUUCGAUAAAAAUGGGAUUUUGGAGUGAUGUUUAUGUGCAGAAUAAUAUGAUGAAUCUUUAUUUCAAGUGUGGGAAGAAUGUAAAUGAUGGGUGCAAGGUGUUUGAUAAAAUGCGUGUUAGAAAUGUGGUUUCUUGGACUACUGCGAUUGCUGGGCUUAUUGCUUGUGGGAAAUUGGAUACUGCCAGGGAAAUAUUUGAGAAGAUGCCUUCUAAAGACGUUGUUUCGUGGUCAGCAAUGAUUGAUGGGUAUGUGAAAUGCGAUCAACCGAUUAAGGCUUUUGAUUUGUUUAAAAGGAUGCUGGUUGAUAAUGUGAGGCCAAAUGAGUUCACUUUGGUUAGCUUGAUCAAAGGUUGUACUGAUUUGGGUAGUCUUAAAUUGGGAAGACGGAUGCAUGAUUUUGCUCUAAAGAAUGGUUUUGAGCUUGGACCUUUCUUGGGUACUGCUCUUAUUGACAUGUAUAGCAAAUGUGGUAGUUUAGAUGAUGCUGUCAAAGUGUUUGGUUUGAUGCAAGUGAGAAACUUGGCUACUUGGAAUACGAUGAUUACUAGCUUCGGUGUGCACGGAUAUAGGAAUGAAGUGCUGGCUGUUUUUGAAGAAAUGGUGAAGGCCAAUGUAGUUCCCGACGUUAUUACUUUUGUAGGUGUUUUGAGUGCUUGUGUUCAAAUGAAAAGUCUUGAAGAAGGCCAAAAGUAUUUCACCCUCAUGACAGAACAUUACGGUAUAACACCUAUCUUGGAACACUAUACAUGCAUGGUUGACCUCUAUACUCGUGCUAAUGAGUUGAAUGAGAUUUGUGCAUUUGGGGACACAAUAUCAGCGUCAACUAAAGCAAAUCAUAAUGUGGCAGAAUUGCUUCAAGAGAGCAAACUCACUUGUGUUGAUGAAAUGGAGAAACUCAUACACAAGCAUUGCAGGGAUUAUGAUUUAUCAGAUUUGGUUUUAGAUCAUUCUGCAACUCCCACCCAGCCAAAUUUCAUCGGUUCGAUUCAAAUUGCAUCUUGAAUUCUUGAUCCAACUGUUGAGAUUUGACUGCACUGGCCGGAAUGCUGCAGGGGAUCCAGGUUACUACAAUAUCAGUGAAACAAGUACAUGAGUUGUGACUUGUUUUAAUGUUCUCUAUCACACCAUGUGCAGCUUAUGUGAAUAUAGCUUCUUAGAUGUGUAUAACAUGCUUCUGGAAUCGUAAUCAUCUCCAAUCAUUUUUAGCAUUAUAGAAUGAUACCAAUUUAUUUUUGAAUUAUACAAUGACAUCAAGUUGAUCCUGAAGUCAUUUCUUUUUGUAGUGAAUUAUUAUUUGUCCACCAAAAUAAUAAAUUUUACAUUUUUUAUCGGGUGUUCCAUUGGCGAGUGAAGGUAUCGUCCGAGGCAGUGAUCAAUGCUUCAGAGAAGUUCCAUUUCUCCUUUGACGACAGAAUGGAGGCAGUGAGGGAAUCAAAGUGUUCGAAUUGUAGGAUAAUGGUCUGCCAGCAUUCUUGUUUUGUUUGCUGCAAUUCAUUUUCAAAAUUUUCCUCUUUAUACCGUUGAAAUUGAUUAAAUGGAGAUGCCGUUAUCUGUAACAUCACCAUUUCUCACCUAGAUUUUAUAGACCUUAUGAAAAUGUUGCAAUGAAUAUCAAUUUACUA